AUGUCUAUCAUGAACGGCCAGCAUGCCUGGCCGCCACCGCAACACCAUCAAGUCAUUGGCAAACGUCCCUUUCAUAGUCCUACUGAUGCUUUAACGCAAUCCAACGAUAUUAUGGAUAAUUCCGCCGCGUCGGUGCCUGAGGCAUCAGAUAUCGAUGAGGACCGCGUGAGGGCCCACUUUCGCGAAUUGUAUCAUCAAAAUGAAGCUCGCAUUGCGCAGAUGUUCGCCCCGGAUGGUUCUAUUAAUCGUGCCGCCAUAGAAUCAUGGAGGCGACCAGUCACACCCUCUACGGCCCCUCCCCCAACCACCGACCAUACCACCGUACAAGAACGUCCUGCCAAGAGAGUCAAAAGAACGAUCGAUGAAGACGACUAUGGGGACGACGAUGAGGAUGACGACGAAGACGAUGAAGACAUUAAUAAUAACACUAAUAUAUCUUCGCUUAAAUCUAAAGUUGCCUCCGCCACCGCCGCCGCAAAAGGCCUCCCAUCUCCUUCUAAGUCGGGAAGCUCCCCUAUCACGUCCGUGCCGUCGCCUUAUAAACUUGACGAUAGAACGAAAGAUGAUAGUCAGCCGGGGUCGCAUGGAUCGCAGGCGCAAGCUAGCAAUUCCGAAGACGCGCGCAAGCAGUUGGAAGAAGCGCGGAAAGAUACCGAGGAGGCUGCCAAGCGUAGUUUCUACACUACCUUCUAUACACUUGAGAAUGAUCGGGCUGCUAUGUUGGAACAACAACAGCUUGAAGAAUCUGAAAAGCAGCUGCAGGCUGAGAUGGAUAAGAAUACCAGCGGCAAUACGAGCGCAGGCACGUCUGGGGAAAAUCAUGGAUCGCUCAGUAGCGCAAACCUGGGCGCAUCCAGUUUAACACUCAAGCAUCUUAUUGCGCGCAUAGAUAUGAAGCGCGAUAUGGUGCGCGCAUCAGAUGCCGAGUUGCGCCUCCUUAUGAACGAAGUUCGUAAAAAUAGAAGUAAGUGGGCUAGCGAAGAGAACGUUAACCAGGAAGAGCUAUACGAGGCCUUAGAAAAGGUCUUGACCGAACUCAAGGCACAUACCGAAUAUUCGACCCCGUUCCUCCAGAGGGUUAACAAAAAAGACGCUCCCGAUUACUAUAAUUUCAUCAAGCAGCCCAUGGAUCUCGGCACGAUGACCAAAAAAUUAAAGUCGCUGACUUACAAGUCCAAGUCCGAUUUCGUCACAGACCUCAAUUUAAUUUGGGACAACUGUCUGCGCUAUAACCAGGACAUGGGCCACCCAUUGAGGCGAAUGGCUAACGGGAUGCGCAAGGAGGCCGAGAAGCUCAUUCCAUUAAUCCCGGACCUUGUCAUCCGCCCUCGUGCUGAAGUUGAGGCUGAAGAGAGACGGAAGCAGAAUGGUGGCGAUGAUGACGGUGGUGAUGAUUCGGAUGACGAGCCGAUAAUGUCGUCUCGCGGCCGGAUCACCGGCGGAGCGAAGGGAUCGAAAGCUAGGAAGACUCAUUCUAGCCAGAAGGAAAUGACUCCCGGCGUCGAACAGAAGCCAGUGCUGCAGCUGAAUGGAUUAUUGGCAAAAGCUCAUAGAGAAGGCUCUGAACUCGAUGGGAGUAACGGAUUUGGAACGCCUCCUAUUGCGGGCUCUAUGACACCCAGUGGGAUUAAUGGCCAUUCAGGCAUGGGUAGCAACGUGGAUGCCAUGGACAUUGAUGGCCCGGAGUUGAACGGCAUGGCAUUAGGACAGGCGCUGAAUGAAGCCGCCCAACAAGCUUAUGAAGACGAGGAACACAAAAUCUGGAAGCAAGUGACCAAGAAGGACCGCGCGCUAAUUACCAAGAGUCGGUUUCAACUUUUUAACAAUAACAAGUUGAAUGUCGACGAGCCUGCGUUGCUUCGAACUAAGGCUGGCAUGCGUCGAUUCCUACGUGGUCGGCAGCAGGCGGAAGCUAUGGGCUUGGUUGGUUAUACUCUGGAUCCGUCAGCUAGUCUAAGCAAGGAAGCAAAGGCAACCGAAACUCUCGCAGAGGGUAUGGAAGAGGAUGAAGAAAAGGCUAUCCCCGAUUAUUAUGACAUCCAAAGCAUCAUACCUGACGUCCCGCCAACCCUCCAGUGGGUCGAGGACGCCGAAGGCCAUGUCAUCAACCAGCAUGAGGAAUUUCUCCAAGCCUUGCCACAGGGUUACUUCACGGCACCUAAGAGUAGCCUAACGCAGAAAUUCGAUGCCAAUAUUCGACAGAUGCAGGAGACGAGAAAGAUCUGCUCAAAAAUUGGCGUUAUAAAGCAGAUGCAGCUCCAGACUCAGGUAUAUGCAAACCAGUUUCCGAAAUAUAACCCCGAGCCGUUUCAAGAAGCCGAUGUUGAACCGCAUGUUACGUGUGGUGAUAACAUCGUAAUGGCGCCCGAGGUUUGCAGAGCGGGGAUGCAACGGUCUGUUGCGAAGAUCUUCUACCAUGCGGGUUUUGAAGAGCUCCAACCGUCUGCCAUGGACGCUAUUACUGACAUCGCUGCUGACUACUUCGGGAAGGUGAUACAGACCGUCAAAAGCUACACCGAGAUUGAAAAGAAAGACCCUUCCGCCGAAGACCUCCAACGUGGUUUAACAGCUCGGUCCCGUUAUACCCCUGAAGAGGCUCUGCUCCAUACGCUUAAUGAGAGUGGCUAUUCGAUUGAAUCGCUUGAGAGUUAUGCCAAGGACGAGGUCGAGAGGCUUGGGCAUAAACUAGUCGGCAUUCACGAGCGUAUGAAGUCUCACUUAGGUGAUCUUUUGCGUCCCGCGGUGACCGAGUCGGGACAGGACGGGGCCGCCGCCUUCAACGAUGGAAGCGAGCAGUUCAUUGGGGGUGAUUUCGCUGAGGAACUUGGCGAAGAUUUCUUUGGGUUCAAAGAGCUCGGCCUCGCCGGGGAGAUGGGCGGUGUACUCUCAGUGCCUCUCCAUCUCCUUCAAUCGAGGGUUCGCAACCAAUACCAGGUCCAGAACCCAACGCAAGGUACUUCCGAUGAGGUCCUCUUUGAGGAUCUCUCGCCUCCUGAACCCAUUACCAAGGAGAAUAUCCAGGAGCAGAUCGGCCUUGUCAAGAACUUCUUCCUCGCUAAGCUGCACGCUAAUGGCGACUCACCUUUGGUGGAAGAUGAAGACUUGCCUGUCAAGCAGCGACGACCCCGGCCACGUCUUGGUGCUACUGGCAAGAUUGUUUCACCUCAGAAGCGACCCCCCAAAGAGCAGAAUGCCAUUAACAAGAAGAAAAAGAAACUAGAGGCCCAAGCAGCCGAAGCUAGCAAGGCAACAAAUAAUAGUCCUGAAAAAGGUGGCUCGAAGAAGAAGAGUCUGUCUAUGCCCAACGGUAGCAGCCUUACAAAUGGUUCAUCUCUGCCUCCUAUUGCCCCUCCUAUGGAGCGUGUCGGGAGCACGCAAAGCCAAGGCAAUAACAGCCAGACGGAUAAAGAGGACAAUGGCAUGAUGAGCCCAGAGAGCAUGGAGCGUUAG